CGGCCGCCUGCGCAACAGCGAGAGCCGCCAGUUCGCCCAGGCUGCUUUCAUCGGCGGAGGCUGCUUUCGCGAUGCCAGGCCUGCUGCUCGGGGAUGAGGCGCCCAACUUCCAGGCGGACACCACGCACGGCCCGAUCCGCUUCCAUGAGUUCCUGGGAAACUCAUGGGGCAUACUGUUUUCUCAUCCACGAGAUUUCACACCAGUAUGCACAACAGAGCUUGGCCGGGCAGCAAAGUUGGCACCAGAGUUUGCCAAGCGUAACAUUAAAAUGAUAGCCCUUUCCAUUGAUGAUGUCAAAGAUCAUCUUUCUUGGAGCAAGGACAUUAACGCCUACAAUGGUGAUGAAAUCACAGAGAAUCUUCCUUUUCCAAUAAUUGCUGAUGCAAAGCGGGAGCUUGCAGUCCAGCUGGGCAUGCUGGACCCAGAUGAGAGAGACAAAGAUGGUAUGCCUCUGACUGCUCGUGUUGUGUUCAUUUUUGGUCCAGACAAGAAACUUAAACUCUCUAUCCUCUACCCAGCAACCACUGGAAGAAACUUUGAUGAGAUUCUAAGAGUGGUUGACUCCCUGCAGCUGACAGCAGCUAAGAAAGUUGCUACUCCUGUUGAUUGGAAGCCUGGAGAUGAGGUUAUGGUAGUACCAAGUCUUUCGGAUGAAGAGGCCAAAAAGUUGUUCCCAGGAGGAAUUUGUGCCAAGAACCUUCCAUCUGGCAAGAAUUACCUUCGUUAUACUCCUCAACCUAAGUAAAAACUGUGAAGUGAGAUUGAGCAAACCAGAAUGGUGAUCACAAGGACUCUAUAGAACAAGCUGAUUUAACUGUCCUCUGUAAAAGUAUGUUGGGUGUGUGUGUUAUAGCCAAGGACCAGCUAGCUAAACUAUUCUGGUUACAUUCUUUUUUGAAAAAUGUUGGGCAAAUAUCCUUGGUCUGGCUAAUAGCUGCAAGACCGUGAAAGCUUGUUCUGUUCAGACCUAUGAUCGUUUGUUUUGGAUGUCUUCUUGGAGCUGAAUCUGUAACAUGGCACCAAUAAGUAUUACUGAUUUAUUUGAUCUGCUUUCUAUUCUCUAUGGAUUGUCUCUUCAGCACUGGAAUUUUUUAACGGGGCAAAUAAUUUUGUAUUCUAAUGUAUGCAGAAAAAUUCAAAACAUUAUGUUGUAAUGAUCACAUGAAAUCAGGUCCACUAGAAAUAUGAGUAAAUUUUUUCUACAAUUGAAGUUUGUUCCAGAAGCCAUGUGCCUUUAUUUCAGAUUAAUCUCAAAUAUUAAUGAAAAGCUUAAUUUAAAGACUUCUUAACUUUUGUUAUGCUGUACUUGGAGAUGUUGGUUAAAUGACUUUACUAAACAUUUUCAUCUUUUGUUUUUUGUUCUGAAAAUGAAAAGAUCUGCUAAAAUA